CAUCAUGAUGUUGUCAGUGUGUCAGUGAAGGACUCACAGGAGAUCAGGACGCUGGUUAUGAGGAGAUUCUUCAGAGUUCACAGAGAUGAAGAUUACGGUCAGAUUCAGUAUCUCACGGCCAAAUGUAUCCGACUCACUCAGGAGAAAGCAGUGUUUCAGCACGAGCUGCUGGUGUCGAGAGAGCGGCUUCAGGCUCUACAGGCAGAGAUGGAGAGUGUGUCAGUGCGCUUGUGUCAUAAAGAGCAACUGUAUGUAGAGCUGAACAUUAAAUAUAAAGAACUGAUGAAGAGAUUUCAACAGCAGCAGGAGCAGUCAGACGUGCUGCAGCAGCGCAUGGUCUCUCUGACGGAGGACAGGUCGGAAGACGUGUCUCUGCUUUGUCUACAGCUGCAGCAGGUGAGCUCUGAAUUACAGCAGCUGCAGGGCUCUGAGACGCAACUCAUGGGCCUGCUGGACGAGCUGCACCAGGAGGCCCAGCUCAGAGCCAAGCAAGUAGAGGUCCUGGAGACGCAGCUGCAUGAGGAGGCCCUAUCAAAGACACAGCUAAUAGAAGACCUGGAGAUGCAGCUAAACAGUAAAUCACUUGAGCUGGCGGAGCUGCAGAUGUCUCAUGAUGCACUGCGGACGGAUCUGUGCGAUCAGCGUAGCGCCCACCAGAGGACAGUGGAGGAACUGCAGCGAGACAACACGGAGAGUCUUGGCAAACUGCGCGAGACGGCCGAACAGUUUGAGUGGCUGUGCGAGCAGCAGCGCAGGUGGAUGUGUUGCGUUAAGAGGUUUAAAGACUGUCUGUCAGGUGAGAAGGAGUCCCUGGAGCUGCAGGUGAACAGAUUACAGGUGGAGUUGGAUUCUGUGAGGAGAACCGUUCACUCUGACCGUCCUAUAGAACCCUGCAGCAGGUGUGAUUUUGAGGUGUUGUCUGAUCUUCAGGCUGAAGUAGAUCGCUGGAAAACACUGUAUGAAGACCUGCUGAACAAACAGACCACACAACAGGUUCAGCGGGCACCAGAUGUACAACACAAACCCCCGUGAAGAUCCACACACACACACAGACACACACACACACACACACACACACACACACACACUCACA